CAACACCUGACCCAUUUGAAUGGUGGCGACGAAGGACCCGACCCAUGAGAGCAUGAGCAUGUGAUCAUUGAUGGCAAUCUGGUCGAGAGGAUGAGGGGCGAGAUUCCGAAGACUAGAAGCAAUUCUUUGUUGGUGAUGUGGAAGAACUGCCCUCUCCAGCUGGACUUCCAGCUUACCCCAAUGACCGAUCUCAAGGGUUGGGUUGAGCAUAUCCUUCUGAGCUGGAAGCCACAAGUAACGGCAAUGGCCUUGAUGUUGGCUUGGGCUGUCUGGAAUGAAAGGAAUAACGUGGUUUGGCAGGGUAAGCGGAGAAGCCAGGGUGAGCUGGUGGAAGGGACUAUGCGGCUACUCGAUGACUUUCAGAGGCUGCACCAACCCCCUACCAAAGUUUCAUUUGGGAUUCAUGCAAAGUGGCAAAAACCUCCUGUUGGGGUCAUCAAGAUCAACGUGAAAGGUACCUUUAGAGCCCAUAAUGGGUCUGGUGGUGGUGGCUUAGUGGCGAGGAAUGAGGAUGGAGUUUUUGUUGCUGCAAAAGCUUGUUUUUUCCCCUGGGUUUCAUCACCGGCACAUGCUGAGGCCCUUGCCUUUAGGGAGGCUUUACAAUUUGCUAGUGAUAGGAACUUUAAUCACUUGCAGAUGGAGUGUGAUGCUCUGGAGUUUGUCCAAUCGUUGAGUCGCACAACGGCGGAUACUUCCUCAAUUGGUGCUUUGGUGGAGGACUGCAAAGCGAUCCUUGCGCUUUUGCCUAACAGUUCCUUUACGCAUAUCUCUAGAAUGGCCAACAAAGUGGCCUUUAGACUAGCACAACUAUCUUUAACACUGACCUCAGCUUCCACGUGGUCAUGGGAACCUCCUGUGAUCAUUACUGAUGCUUUGGUGGAAGAUUCUCUGUACUAAGUCAUUUACCCAAUCAAUAUAAUCGUUUCGUUUCAAAAAAAAAAAA